AUGAGUGAGCAACUGAAGUUCAUCGUUCAGGAACUGAACAAGGAGCCCUUCAACAAGAAGCUCAACCUCAUCAGCUUCGACGCGUUUCGGCCAGACCAGCUACUGCAGGCGUUGAACGACGUCUUCGCCGCGUUGGACCCGAAGAUGAAAUCAGACGUGCGCAACGAGGACCGCGAGCAAUUGGCCGUAAGAAGCCUGGCCUUCCUGCGGAUAGUGAAGUACAGACCUCCACCUGACAUCGCUGGCCGUGGUUCGUUCCGCCAGGGCCUGGUGUCCGGUGCCAAGGAGGCAGUGCUCCCUCUGCUCGAGUGGUUGUUGCGCGGACUGCCCGAGCUACGGAAGAGAGCCUACCUGGGACGAUUCCUGGUCAGGGUCGAGCUGCCGCUCGAACUGGGCGGGGACGUGGACCUGCAGGCACUCUACGCGCAGUACGAAGCGGCCAUGGAGCAGUUCAAGGAGGCGCACAAGAUGGGCGAAGCACUCAAGGCCAGCGGUCUGAACACUCAAGAACUGCGCAAGGACAUCUCCCAGAUGGAGCAGGAGCGUGAGCAGCUGACCAAAAAGAUUGCGAAGCUUCGACGAAAGGUCGAAACUCAGCGCAACAAGGAUACCCUGCUCCAGUUGGCCAAGAACCUCCGCGAGGAACAGGACAGAGCUGAGACGCUAGCCCAGCAAAGGAACAGCCUGAGGGACACGUUGAACCACUGCGAGCAAAAGAUCCACAGGCUAACGCAGCAGCUAAGAGACCUGCAACAUUCGGGAACCGGUGCAACACCAGAAGGACUUAUGAAAAAGCUGGAGGAAGAGGUCCGAGCCAAUGGCUACCUGGUGCGAGACAAGCUGCCCAAGGAAAUCACUGUUUGUCAGAACGCCAUUAAGGACCUGCAGAAGGUGUCCGCUGAACCAGCGAUGGGACAAAACGAAAUCAACAGACUAAAGGCAAAGGUACAGACCGAAAACCAGGAGAUCAACGCUCUUUAUGAGCAGAAGAUGUGAAGUCAAGAACAAGCUGAUGACAAGCUGACGCUGUUUAGGCAACAGGCGGCAGUAAUCGCACGCAAGAAGGAAGCGGCCGCCGAGACGCUCAACGAGCUGCGCCUACAGGUCUCCCAGCUCGAGGCUCAGCUGCAAGAGAAACAGUCUCUGGUCGCCGGCGGCGAGCAGGUUCUCAAAGGAGACGAGUUUAAGAAGUAUGUGAACGCUCUGCGCGGCAAGAGCAGCCAGUACAAGCAACAACGCCAGGAGCUGGCCGAGCUGAGGGCCGAGACCGGUGUGCUGGCCAGGACACAGGAGAUACUCACGCACAAGGAGCGCGACCUCAGGCAGAGUUUGGAGGCGCUCGAAGAAAAGCACGGCGUUCGCGGCUACCACCGGUUACAGGGAACCCUGGAAAGCUUGUCCGGCAACGAGGCCGCGCUCGACGAGACAAAGAUGGCGACGCUGGAAGACAUGUCCACCAUGGUGACCAGCCUCAACAAGCGAAUUGCCGAAAGGAAGGGGCGCCUGGCGCCGGCCAUAAAGGACCUCAGGCCACUUAGAAAAACCUACCAGGACGUGACAAUGGAGUGAGAAAAGAAAGCAGCCUACGACACAUGCGCAGCAGGCUUGGAAAGCACGCUGACAAGUUUAGAGCAGGAAGUGUCCAGCCUCCGAAGUGAACUGAACAGCGAGGAGUCAAAGUUGAACUUCCUCCAGCACAGCCUUCGGAUACACGAAGUGCAGCUGAACUUCCUCAAGGCUAAUGGUGUGCUUGGAAACCCCGCAGCAGCCGACGCCGGUUCUGACGGCCAGACUUCACUCAGAGCCAAGCUGGGCCACGAGAUCGCCGAGCAGGAGAAGCGGGGCAAGGCCCUGCGGGAGCGCCAGAAGGAGCUGCGCGAGAAGCAGGCCUCACUGCGAGCACAGACCGAGCAGUGGACGCACUUGCAGGCGCUGCUGAGGGCCAAAAUGGCCGCGACCACGGCCUCAACUCACUGGCAACAGGGAGCACUGCCGCCGGGAAGCGCAGCGACACACGGAGACACCAAUUCGAGGGACUGGCUGGUCCUGUGA